AUGGAGUGCAGAAAGAGCUUUAGUGAUAAUGCACUCCUUAGAACACAUCAACGGACUCACACAGGGGAGAAACCAUUUAAAUGCAUGGAGUGCUAUAAAAGCUUCCGUCAGAGUGGACACUUAAGUUCACAUCAACGGACUCACACAGGUGAGAAACCUUUUAAAUGUAUGGAGUGUGGAAAGAGCAUCAGUCAGAAUGGAAACCUUAGAAAACAUGAACAGACUCAUACGGGUGAAAAACCAUAUGAAUGUAUGGAGUGUGGAAAAAGCUUCCAUUUCAAUGCAAACCUUAGAACACAUCAACGAACUCACACAGGGGAGAAACCAUUUAAAUGCAUGGAGUGUGGAAAGAGCUUCAGUCAGAUUGGAAACCUUAAAUUACACCAACGGACUCACACAGGUGAAAAACCAUAUAAAUGUAUUGAUGCACGUGAACGUAAGCAGGUACUCUCUUGGCGUUAAUAAGGAUCAGGCAGACGCAGCAAUGGAGAAUUAGAAAGUGAAGUUUAUUGCCAGGCAAUAAGGACCCAGUUUGGAAUCUCUUCCAAAAGCAACUGGGACCCCGAUUGACAGAAAUCCAGAGGUCUUUAUACCUGAGCAGAUCACAGCAAAUCAUAGACCAUGAGGCAGUCAUGAUAUCGCCAGCGAAAAUUAGCCAAUUAGCAAGCUUCUUGCCAUGCUUCCAGCUCCUGGCCAAGCACUGGUCAAGCACUGAGUUCUGCUUUCCGUUGCUUGCAGUGACGCUCUGUCUAACCUCUCCCCUAGUUAUGACAGGACAGGGAGUAUUGGAGUUUUUGUGGUUUAGCUCUUCCUGUUCCAGUGGAUUAAUUUAGCCUCUAUUUGAGGGGAUUUUGCAGCAGUAUCUCUGAUUCACGUCUUCCCCUUGUUCAGAGUACACGGAUGUUUGUAGGGGAAAGGUCAGCUCCUAAUUUUGCUGUUUCAAGCAGUUUGCAGUUAGCUAAGUCACAGCUUCCCUUUGAUUCAAAAUGGAUUAUAAAAUACUGUAAGCCCUGAUUAUGUGUGAGCGUAUAUGAAUAUAUUGAUUACUGAUAACUGAUUAUAUGAAUAGCAUAAGGGUAGCCCUUCUUCCUUGCCUCAGUAUGGAGUGUGGAAAGAAUUUCAGAUUUAGUGGAGCCCUUAGAACACAUGAAGAGACUCACAUAAGUAAAAAACGAUUUAAAUGCAUGGAUUGUGGAAAGUGUUUCAGUCAGAGUGCACACCUUAGAACACAUCAACGGACUCACACAGGGGAGAAACCAUUCAAAUGUAUGGAGUGCGGAAAGAGCUUCAGUGACAGUUCAAGACUCCAUUUACAUCGACGAACACACACAGGGAAGAAACCAUUUAAAUGUAUUCAGUGUGGAAAGAGCUUCAGUCAGACUGGAAACCUUAGAAUACAUCAACAGACUCACACUGGGGAGAAGCCAUUUAAAUGCACGGAGUGUGGAAAGAGCUUCAGUCAGAGUGGACACCUCAAUAUACAUCAACGGACACAUACAGGGGAGAGAUCAUUUUAA